CAAGAUGGAGGUUCACCCUUGUCGUGUCCCAGUUCCACUGGACAAUACAGUGUAGCGGGCUUAGUGAUUUGGGGAAAAAAUUGUGGGCAGACUGGAGUGUAUGGUGUCUAUGUUAACGUUCCUUACUACUACACCUGGAUACAGAGUAUAUUAUCACAAUCUGUUCAAGAUGGAGGUUCACCCUUGUCGUGUCCCAGUUCCACUGGACAAUACAGUGUAGCGGGCUUAGUGAUUUGGGGAAAAAAUUGUGGGCAGACUGGAGUGUAUGGUGUCUAUGUUAACGUUCCUUACUACUACACCUGGAUACAGAGUAUAUUAUCACAAUCUGUUGUAACAACUGCAUGA